GUCCACGGUGCACUACUGAUGCUGAUGUCAUAAAGUGGGUUACAAACGCUGUUAAUCAUGGCAUGGAGGAUCUUCAAGCUUCGUUGGCCCGUAGAUCCGUGAAACGAGUCAAGCAUGACAAUGUGACGGCGUUUUGUGUGAAAGUGCCUUCUUUAAUUUCUUUCGCGUAUUUAAAAUUUCGAGACGACAAUGAUGUAGGAGAUAAUGGCAACAGCUGCUUGGUGAUAGAUUCCCUAAGAUUAAAGUGUUUUAUCUUCAUUGAUCAUUCAAAAGAGUAUUGCUCGAUCGAGAAUAUGCCUCCUCUGGUUUCAGCAACUACCAGUGAUUAUACAUAUCGUGAUUACAAGUUUCUCGUGUGUUGUAGCACCAUCACCUUCUCUCGACUUGUAAAUUUAAGAAUAUGUCCAGAUGAAUCAAACUGGUUGGAACCGUUCAUACUUUUGCUUGGAAACGCUGCAACACUAAAAAAUAUUUUAGUUGAUUAUGUAUUUUCUUGUCAACCCGAGGAUCUCCCACUUUCAUGGAACCAACCGAGUUUUAUUCUGGGAUGCUUGUCAUCACAGGUCGAGUUAUUUGAGUGGAGGGGUUAUGGAGGAAGACAAAAAGAUAAAGAUUUGUUGACAUACAUCCUACCAGACUCUAAAUGUUUAAAGACUGCAACAAUGUGCUUGAGAUCCACCUUCGGUGUUGAAGGUAGAGAGAGAUUGACUGAGGAGUUGAAAAACAUUCCUAGGGUUUCAUCAACAUCUCUCAGUUUCCAUUCAAAUCCUACCAGAGAAUGGAGAUACAUAGUU